CUCUCUCACCCGCAUCAUUUCUCUUUGAUAUUUCCUUCCACCACCCCCUCCUCCUUGUUCUCUCGUUUCGUUCUCCCGCCUCCCCCAUUUCCUCCGGACUUUUAUUUCCCUCUUUCCCCCUGGUCUCCCUUUGGCAAUCCCUUCCCCGGGGCUCGCUGGGGCCCCGCCUUCCCUGAGUAAAAGUGAAGAGUCAGCCCAGACUCUCCUUAUAUGGGAUGGGACUGACGGCAGCAGAGUGGAGGUGGGUCCUGCUAUAGGGAAGCCCACCUUGCAUUGUUACUAUCCCCUGCCUGGAAUGUGGUGCCUGAGCCCUGCACUGCAGGGAAGGAAAGAGAAGGGGGAGAGGAAACUACUUUACUAAGGGACUUGAUCUACUCCAUAUUCCGCUCUAGGACUGCCGAUCAUCCCAUGGCACGGAUCAGGUUUUAAGAAUAGCUGAUGUGUGCUGGAAUGGUUUGUGAAGGGAAAUAUUACUCUGCUUUUGGAUGUCGAAUUCUUGAAAGGUUAAAAUGAUGACUGGAUGUCCGCCAAGGUGUGCUUAUCAAGAAGAGAAAGGAUAAUAACUGACUUGCCAACGAACUCAUAUUAGAAAAAAGAUUUGGUAAGGGCUCUUGUGAGAGCCAUCAGUUUACUGCAGCCAUGGAACACACAAGCAGACAUCUUCGCUUUAAGUUACAAAGUCUAAAUCGUCGCCUGGAUGAUCUGGAAGAAGCUACAAGAAAUCUUCAGAAAGCAGAAGAUGAAGUUUUGGAACUUCAGGAAAAAAUUGUCCAAGUAGAAGGGAACAACUCUAGCAUGUUGGCAGAUAUUGACGCUUUGAGAAAGAGGGUUGUAAAAAUUGAAGGUAAAGACGAAGAGGUUAAAAAAGCGGAGGAUUUGUGCAGAAUUGUUAGGGAAAAACUAGAAAAUGAAGAAAAUGUUACUCGAGAACUUAGGUCAGAAAUUGAAAUUCUCCAAAAAAAGAUGACAGAACUGGAGAAGCUGGAAGAAGCUUUUAGCAAGAGCAAAAAUGACUGCACCCAACUGUGUCUUAGCUUGAAUGAAGAAAAAAAUAUGUCUAGGAAAUUGACUUCUGAACUUGAAACACUUAGGGCCAGAAUUAGAGAACUGGAAUCUUCUGAAAGCAAACUGGAUAAAGCUGAAGAGUUUUUGACUAGUGAACUUGAAAAGAUUAGGUCUUUGGCUGUUGGUUUUGCUAAUGAAAGAAAAUAUUUUCUGGAGAAGGAAAAGCAGAAUGAAAAAAUAAUUCAGGAACUUAAACAGCAGUUAAAAGGUAAAAAAAACAUUGGAGACCAGACCCAAAACGAAUCAAAUGUUUUGCAGCGGUCAUCUGAUCAGUUACUGGAACACAAUAAAAUACGGAUUGAAGACAAUGUGAUAUCUAAAUUGUCUCAAGGAGUUGGUUUUGACUACAUUAAAUCAGAGAAUCAAACAACUAGCGAAAACGAGAGGAAUAAACAACAAGAAGACAAUAAAAUACAUGAUUUGUGUCAAGAAAUUGAGAAUCUUAAAAGUCAGAUAAAACGAUUUGAGGGAAUUGACGAAGAGCUCAAACAGUUUAGAGAGAAAAAUAGAAAAUUGCAAGAAAUCUUCCUUGGUGAACAGAAUAAAGCCAGACAUUUGGAUGGUGAACUUAAGGAACUAAAAAGACAAGUUAGUCAGCAGAAUGAAGUAGAAAAUGGAGUUAUUGGUAGCGAUGAAUUAAGUUUACACAAUAAAUCGAAAAAUGAAAGAGCUAAUAAGUCUAAAGGAGUAAUACCUGAACCUCCUGCAUCAAAAUAUACUCAGAGAGAUUUGUCUCCAAAACAACUGAGAAAAGAGAGACACCGUGACAUAGAUGUGGAUAUUUCCUCUAAGAGACAUUUAUCAAGCACAAGUACAAAUAGCAAGAGACCCUUAAAACCUACUUUAUCUGACAUGACUUUAAGCCAUUCAAGGAAAUCUGAAGAUAGACUAACUUCCAAUGUAUCUGCUGCUAAAGAGUUUGGAGCUCUACAUGAAAUAAAAAAGGCUAAAGAUCAGCCAUCUGUAUUAAGUCGAUAUCCACCAGCUGCCCAAGAACACAACACCCAAAAAACAUGGAAAGCAUCAACAGGAAAUAAAGAUGUAUCCGCAAAACAAUUUGGAGAAGACUAUUCUAUUAAAGUUACUCAGAUUGUUGACUCAAGAAAAGAGAGCACAUCUGAAGAAGAUGAAGAUUUAAAUGAGACUCCUGGUGCCAAAUCAGACAAAGUCAAUUCAAAUUUUCAUGAAGUGCAGUUGGAUGAUAACUCUUCAUCUGCAUUGCAUUCAGAACCAGUCACUUCUGGGUUAGAGGGGACCUCUCCAGAUAAAUAUACGGCAAAAAUGGUGGAAGUACAAACUAAGACUGCUCCUAAUUCAGACAGUAGUGAAGUAAAGGACAUAUCUCGGGAUAGACCUUCCAGAUACUCGCGUCUUAAAUCAAGAAUGGAUAGCAUCACAAACUCUUCUGACACUGCCCAAUCCACCAAGCCACUAUCAAGUAAAGAUAGUGGAAAUCAAAACUUAAAUUCAAAUAGAGUGUCAUAUAACAGAGAAAGACAAAGACCAUUAUCAUCUUUAAAGCCACAAAUUCCUGAAAAACCUCAUAUUUCAGAAUCUACUGAAAAUAAAGAAUGGGACAAAAGAAAUGUAACUUUAAGAAUUCAGAACAGAAGACAGUCAAAUCCUAAAGAAAAGACACACGUACUGGAGCAGAGGAUUUCCCAGUUUGAUAUGGACAGUCAGCAACAACAAAGAGAUUCAUUAUCUGACAUAUCCAGAAGAACAUCUUCUGAUAAUUCAGAAAGCAUGGAAAAACCUUCCCGCAUAGAAAUAAGGGCAAGAUCAUAUAGCCCAAGAGAAGCUUUGCAAUCCACAGUGAUCAUUAAGCCAGUUAUUGUUGAAAAAGACACAAAAGAAAGUAUGGGCGAAUACAGAGCAAGAUCCAGUGCAGAACAGAGUAGAUCACAAAUUAACACAACAACAAAUAAAGUGACAAGUAGCAUAACAUUUUUUCCAGCCGAAUCACCUUCAUCUCGAUCUAACACAGAUGAAAUCAUAAAACAAAGGCAUACUUCUACCAGUAAUAUUCGGCUAUCUGCCAAUGACCAACCUUUGUUAAAUAACAUAAGUAUCCCAUUUGAAAUAUCAAUCAAUAAACAAGAUAUGUUAAAAUUGGUGGAUACAAAAGAUAACUUGGAUCAUAAGGAGAACAGCAAGGCUUUUGACCCUGGCAAUUUCAAAGAACAAAUGAAAAACAACAAUAAUAGUGUUGGACUAGAAACUGUUUUGCUGAAAAGUCAUGAAAUUGAAGGGAAUCAUUUGGAUAAUAAAAGUGUAAAGGUAAGAAGUUCUUAUGGACGCAAUGUGUUUGGAUCCACUGAAGAACUAGAUAUUUUGUCUAAUCACAAAGAUGUGACAGUGGAUACUAAGCACAGACGAAGGUCUGCUUUCGAGGAUGAGAGACCUGGAAAACUUCAUACCCGGGAAAUGUAUUCAAGGAACAGGAAUUCUUUUGAAAACAGUUGUACAGUCAAUGAAACGGUUUCCAAAAGGAGCUCAUCUGCAGGACUUAAUUCCUGGAAUCGCCUGAGCACAGAGAGUGAGUACAGUUAUAGCUCUAGGAGAAAGGCGAACAAUCUUGAAAAACUGACAAAAGUCGACACUUCUGGGAGUAAAUCUUUGCAUCAACAGCCAAGCAUGGUGGAGGAACGGAUACGAAGGUUAGAGCAAUAACCCGUGGAAGAAGUACAAGCCUAAGAAGGGUUUUUACCUGAAACUACAGACCUCCAGAGACGCACACUCCAUUUAAAAGCAGAAGAAUGCUGCUCACUUGACUGUGUCUCCCCACACGCUUCCUUCCAAGCAUUGUAUGGACUGUAACCAUCUUGUAUAUUUUGUUGAUGUAAAUUCCUUUGCUUAGCAUAUUUUCAAGGGAUGCAACUGCAUGAUCUCUCAGGGUAACAAGAAAGGCACAGAUAUUGUAACUGUAUAUAAUAAGUUCAGAUAAUGGCAUUUGGGGCAAAUCUAUAUAUAGAGGUUUUUUUUAUUAUGCAGAAGAAAAAGAUUGGUUUGCAUGGCUACUGCUCUUAAACAAAUUUGGUACUAAAAGUACAUUUUUUCCUCGUUAUUUUUUCAGUCCAUUUUAACUUAUAAAGAAUUCUGGGGGCAGUUCUGAAUUUAUUUGUGCAAAUUCUCUGUACAGUGUAGGUUCUGUUUAUUCAUUCUGUGCAUGUAUCAUUGUAUAGAUAAGAAUGUAUGGUUUUACAGCUAAUUAUUGUAUGUGUGUAUAUAGGUGCAAAAAGUGAACUCAUACAAGCAUGUGAAACAAAGUUGUUUGCUUUUAACAUUCACAAAAUGUCGAAGAUGGAACCUCAUUGUGUACAGUGCCGUCAUCCCUCACUUUGGUGUUUUAAACAAAAUCUAUUUUAAUUAAAAUCAGAAAUGUAUACAAGACUACUGAAUAAAAUGUACCUGUUUCCUGUACCUUAUAUCAGAAAAUAUAUUUUGCUAUUAUGUAGACACUAAAAAUGGCUGUCUAGGGAUGAUGGGGGUUGUAUGAACCAAAGAAAUUCCAAGAGGAAAGCGUUUGAAAGCACUUAUCAUUCAUCGUGUCACUUUUAAUAAUCAAUAGUACAUGAAACUCUACAGAGUUUUGUCACUCAAUCCAUUAACUGACAUAUUAACCCUCCAGAUGCUGUUGAAUAGCACUUGGGGGUCAAUGAUUUAGUAACGUAUAAAGGAUCACCUGUUGCCCAGGCCUGGUACAUACCACUCAGUUGUUACUAUUUAGGCAGGGGAGUCCUGAUUUUGGCCCCUAAAAGCGUAGGGAUAUCACAAAGUGGACAAAGUAGAUCUGGCAAUUUGUUGGACACAACUGGGACAUAGCUGUAGUAUGUAGGAUCGUGACCUAAACUGUCCUAUUUUCCAGCUGUGAAUGUCAAUAGGAAGGUAUGCUGGUGUAAUAGAACAGGCAUGAGUAUGUAGCAUAUCUGUCUAUAAUAUAACCUCCAAGGUAAUAGGGAGUGUACAUAUGUACUGUAUAUACUUACAUGCUGCGCAUUAAAGAUGGAAUCUCACUGAUUUGUUUGUCAGUGAGCAUUGUAAUAUUUAGGAUAUGUACAAAAUGAUGUUAAAAGAAAUAGGACCAAAUAUAUACACACUCCUAUUUAACAUAGUUUCUAUGCACUGCUGGUUGGUGUUCUGCAUAAAUAUAGGGCAGACUGUAUAUGGUCCCCUCUAUGUAAGCAAACUAUCUUAACCAAAUGUUUCGUUUGAGCUUCUUGACACACCUUUUUUGGGGAUGGUGUGAUUUAAAGGGAAUCUAUUAGUAAUAUUUGCAGUAUAAUACAUUAGUUAGUUUUACAUGGGGGAGUACUAAAUAGCUAAAAGUGCCAGCUUUGCUUUUUGUAUGUAUUUUUAUUGAUCUUUAAUUUAAUUUAUCCCUGCAAAGUGAGUUGUUUUUUUUUCAUUUGAAUACAACCGAUUUAUUCUCACAAGUGAAGUGGCCGUGGCUAUUUUAUUUUUUUGACAGUUCUAUUAUAGCUGCUUCACAGCUUCACAUUUGUUUUUAUUCUACAGCUCCCAGCAUUCCUAAAGCUGGCUGUACACGUUACAAUUACGAUCUUUCCUGCGACCAUUGGUUCCCUCCAUUGACGUUCAGGGCUGAAUCGUCAGAUAUGGAGGUAGAAACAAUAGGAAUUCUACACCUAUCUGAUGAUUCAGCCCUAAAUGUAGCUUUUGCUUGGACACCACCCAAUCGACGAGAUGACUUAUAUCCAAGGCUUUUGCCAAUAUCUGUCGUCUCAUUGAUCCACCAUACUCACACCGAUUAUAGUAUGAUAAUAUUGGUGCGUGUAUGGCCAGCUUAAGAGCUGAGUGUUUCGGUUGCUGGAUUCUGGGAAUUGUAGUUCACAGCAGCUGGGACCUCCAGUUUUUCAUUGCUGCUUUUAAAUAGAUUGACCUCUAGAUACAUGCACAAAGGGCCAUACUAUACUAGCACUGUUCUCAAAAGCAACAGUUGAUUAGUAAAAUGUAACACUAAACCCCCUAUCAAGAACUGUUUUUCAUGUAGUUUCUCUUUAAAUUUCAGCUGAGCUUGAUUUUUUGGUGGCUGUCCUUUUUAAGAUACGAAGCAUUUUUAAACCUGAGUAUGAGUCGUGUAUAUGUAAAAACAUCUAAAUAGCAUUGUUAAUGGCAGAUAACGUUGUUAAAACCAUUUUUUCCUGUGAACUGAAAUUCCAUUUUAAUCUUUGCUUCCACAUAUAUAUUACAUAUAACCUUAAGGCUAGUGUAAGCAAUUUUAGUUCUUUGUCUUAAAAGUUCAUUUUGGGCAUGGUUAAUAAAUUUAGCAGGGUUCUUACCAGUUAUUUUGAUAAAUAUGUAUUUAAAAAAGUAUUAUUGCUUUUGCUUUAUGCUAUGUAAACUGCUGCCUAAUGGCAAAUGUUUUAAAGGGUAGGAGGAUUCUGGGAGUAUAAAACCUGUGCCCUGAUUGGUUAUUCUCUGUGUGAUUUCAUUGGUGCUGAGGGCAUUUAGGAGAGAGCUCUGGUUGGCUUAUUUUCUUGUGAUCACUUGAACCUUUUUGCAAACUGCGCUCUAGAUGACUAUACUGGGUAACUCGAAGAGCUUUACUUUAAAUGAAUCCUGGAUGUGUUACUAAGUCAUGUAAAUAUUUCCAUGCAUUUUAUUUUUGUUUAGUCUGAAGCAGGGAGUAUCUGUAUAGGACCAUGUCUUUGUUUUGUAAAAUAUGCACCAGCCCUGAUUUACAGACAGUCUUAUGGAUACUGAAUCUUCUCAAAAGAUAUAUUGUGUGUCACAGUGUUCCCAUAUGACCAACAAACAAAUGGGGGAAGUGUAUUUUUUUUACAAUAUGUUAUAUUAUUUCUGUAUAAAAUUGUGAAACAUUCCUCUUGCCCAUAAAUCAUUUUAUUUUAAUUGUGCCUGUACAAAUGACAUUCACUAUGAAUCUUUGAUAAUAAAAUACAUUUGAAAUAUUA